AUGCGUGCUUGGAAACUCGAAAUACCACCUGGAGCAGAUAUAAGACAACCACAUGCAAAACCUGGUGGAGACGAGGUUUCUCUGGUUGAAUUAAACGCAUUAGGUGUGUUGUACCAGUACUUCGCACCGAGUGACUACGAUAAGAGCGGGACUGAGACUCACGCUCGGUGGCUUCAGUUCCGAAGCGAUCACGGUUUCAAGUACGCUGAUGUGUUGGAGGUGUCUCCUGAACAGUUACCUGACUUUGAGUCGAAACUUCAGAUGUUUUUCGAGGAACACAUCCACGCUGAUCCAGAGGUUCGCUACGUUACUGCAGGUAGCGGUUAUUUCGACGUACGCGAUGAGAGCGACUCCUGGAUACGAAUCGCGGUAGAGCCAGGGGAUAUGCUGGUAUUACCGGCAGGAAUUUAUCACCGCUUCACAGUGGACAGUAGCAACUACAUUCGGGCUGUGCGUCUAUUCGCUGACGAGCCGCAAUGGGUACCGAUCAACCGAACGUCUGCUGAGCGUCAUCCAGCACGCUUGGCAUAUGAGCAGCUAUAUCCGGAGCGCAGUUUCAGUACGGAACCAGAGCAACAAGCGCUGCGUGUUUGA